GAGAGAGCAAGAGAAUGAGUGUGUGUGUGUGUGUGCGCGUGCUGUGUGAGAGACACAGAGAGGCAGCUGAGAUGAGAGUGUGAAGCAGUGAGAGGGAAAACCUUGAAAGAACAGCAAAGGCGAUCAGAAAGGGGGGAGGGAGACGGCGUACACAGCAAAAAGGCAGAGCAGAGUAGAAGAAAGAGAAGAGAAGAAGGGAGGGAUAUAAAGUGUAAUGUGAAUGUACUAUCUUUGAUAGUCCUGGUGCCAAAGUCAAGAGAUGCAAUGACUAGAUGACCAACCACUACACACACCAGCAUCCUGUCCUGGAGCCUUGACAGGAGGGGACAAGAAAAAUCCACACACACUCAAAGGCAAAACACUCUCUUCAAGCAGUCCCACAUCCUCUGGAUCAUGUCGUCUACUGGGUCAGCCAACCAUAACAAGCGUCUUGCAUCGGAGACAGACAACUCACAGAGGGUAUUGGACAAUGACUCAGCCCAGCACCUGAAGCUGAGGGACAGACAGCGCUUUUUUGAAGAGGUCUACCAGCAUGACGUGGACAACUACCUGCCCUCUGCUCACCUGCAGAUCGACUGCAGGAAACCCCCAAUGGGAAGCAUCUCUUCUAUGGAGGUGAACGUGGACGUCCUUGAGCAGAUGGACCUGAUGGACAUCUCUGACCAGGAGGCUCUCGACGUGUUCCUCAACUCAGGCUCAGGAGCAGACGAGGGAGCGCUGGCAUCUCCACUACCAGAGGUUGAGGACGAAGAUGAAUAUGAGGAGGAUGAAGAUGCAGAGGUCGUCUACAGGGAGCGCGCACCUUUGAAACGGCAAAAUGAAGUUCAGCGUGGGUCUCGCAUGUCCUCUACGUCAUCUGGUUCCAGUGACACUAGUGGGGGCGGAGUCGACACACCUGUGAUCCAGUCUGACGAUGAAGAAGUCCAUGCUGACACUCUACUGCUGACCUCUGUUCCCCAUACCAGGGAUGAAGAAACAGAGGAGGAAGACGAGGACGAAAGAUGCCUUGCAACUAAGUCUUCAUAAAGACUGAAUUUUACUCUUUGUAAAGAUUUGUAGAGAGCGUAAAAAGAGCCAGAGACCUCUCUCUCUCUGUCUCUCUUUGCAUUCUUUUCUUUUGGGGAAAACCCUAGCAUGGUUGACCUGGCUGUGAUUUGCUGUGUCUUUUGAAUGUUUUCCUGAGUACACUGGAUUUUUCUUUACAACUAAAAAUCUUAUCUAUUUUUCCUAUUAACUGUUAAAUAUUCUAUUUUGUUGUUUGGUUAAUCUCUUGGCAAUGGAAAUAUUCCAGAUUCCAAAUGUUAUGAGUCAUCCCAGUCCUGUGCACUAACAUGUUGAUAUUGAGAUGAAACGAUUGUCAGUUCAAGAUUUAUUCCUCUUAUUGCGAGCGGGAAACCACUAUGCCCCCUUUGUGUCAGAAAAAUACAGGUGCGAAACAGUCAUGUGAAACAGGAAGGCUGCUUUACAGACCUGCCACAAUCAAUCACAGUCCUGACACAGACACAAACAACUAACCUAACCUAACCUGCAUGUCUUUGGAUUGUGGGAGGAAGCUGAAAAAAACCCAAACAAGUAUGCAAAUAUGCAAACUGCAAAAGGUCGGGGAGGAUGGAGGAAUCAAAUACCAACACACAGAAAAAUGUCUCAGAGCAAGUAACACAACACAUAGCGUAGGUAUUUAAUGACCUGAGAAUGUGACUCAACAAUCACUGUACUAUCUUUCUUCAGAUUGACUGACUUUUAAUAAAAAGUAAUUAAUUAAAGCCUUUUAAGCAUUUACAUCACAGUAGGUCAUAGGGGUUACCAGAGGUCUUUAUAAAUUAAGCACCUGCUCUUUGGCAAAGCUCACAUCCAACUGUGGUGAGCUAUUAUUUAGUCUGUUUAAAGGCUUUGAGGUGUGGAAAUUAAGACUUCAUACUGACAGCUCUUGAGAGCAUGUUUUGAAGGGCAAUCUGACUGGAUUUAGUUCAAAGGCUCAAGGAAUAAAGUGCAGACAUCAUGCAUCUUCUCUUUGUGUUUUCAGAGGAUUACUAUGAGGUAGAAAUUAGGCACUUUGAGCAAAACCCAACAAAAGGUUUCACUUGUUUGACAAUGUUAUCAUGAAUCUAUUGCCAUGUGCAUGUGCAAACUAUUAACAGUAUCAUGAAUGGAUUUGUGUUUGUAAAUGCAUGACAUUUUGUUCUUGUUAGUAACUACCUUAUAUGAUUUCAGUUAUGUAAUUGAAAAGUGAUUCAUUACUGAACUAUGCAGGUGACACCUGUACUUAAUACCAAGUUACUCCUCUCUUCCAUGUGGGAUGUAAUUUGAGAGUUGAAUAUUUAUGCAUGUGGAGAGAGAGAGUGAUUCAUUUGAGAAAUAUUUGUUUGUUUAUGCACUGUUUGAAAGAUGUGUAACUGUAAGGGGGUGUGUGACUGUACUGUCUGCCCGUGAGGGUGUGGAUGGCAAACAUUACAAUACAACAGGUAUGGUUGUAUAAUUAUAAUACUAUAUGUGGUUAAGCCCACGUCUACAUUCAAAACAAGUGAUGUGUAUUUUUUUCCUAUUUGAAUAUCUUGCUAGGAACUA